GGCAGCUGGUGGAAACCAUUUCGCAAUUGCGGAGAGUACACUCCCAAUGAGGGGGGAAAAUGUAAUGAGAAAGUGAGAGAACAAUUGAAAAACGAAGAACAAUUUGUAUACGCCUGGUAAAAACACAGUAGUUAUUGCGCUGAUAAGGUUCAGUCCAGCUUCCUGAGGCACCAGGACAUGUCUUGGGGCUGCUCUAUGGAACCCGUCAUGAGCUCAUACAGAGGAAAGUAACUAGAAGGGGAACGCUGAAGAAAAACAUACUAUUCUAAGGGAAAGAAAGACAUGUACAACUGUCUGUUUCUCUCAUUGACCUGUCUAUGCAUUCUCUCGGGUUAUGAUGCAGAGGAGUGUGUGACUUCUAUCUUGGCAAAGAGAAGUUCUGUUAACGUACCAAAGGGGGGCACUCUUUCCCUAUCCUGUGUUGUUCAGCAUUGUGGAGAUGAUGGCUGGACAGGAGGAUGGGGUCUGUCAACAGAGGGACAGUUCCUUCUCUUUAGUCCCACUCCAAGGCAUCAUCUCUCCAACGUCACGUUGACAACCAAUAGAACCCGUCUGCUCAUGGACAUCCUCAAAGUCAACCAAUCAGAUUAUGGAAUGUACCAAUGCCAGAUCACCUGGGUUGAGGGAUACACCAGUGUUGGACAUAUGACGCAUGUGAACAUUACUGCAGCCAUACCACCCACAUCCGUGUGGAAGGUCUAUUCCAGGGUGGUGGUGUAUUUAAGUACCUGUUUGGUAAUCACCCUGGUUUUGGUUCUGGGUCUGGGUCUGGCUUGCCAUAUAAGGUCAAAGGUCCCAUCUCAGCCCCCACCAAUACCACCGCCGAACCCCCCACCACGCUCCCGAAGCGCACGCAAGGACAAGCCCCCCACACCCAAGCCUAAACCAAAGAUAGAGUUGGUCUAUGCAGCUCUUUCAAAGCGCUGCCUUGAACAGCCGAAUCCUAAUCCUCAACGAGAAGCUGCACAGCCCACAGUCUACUCCUCUCUCCACUUCUCCUGACUCAGUCAGACUUUUAUAUUGUAGAGACCUCAACCCAACACCUCAACCCAACUCCUACCUAGCACACACUGGUUGAGUCAACGUUGUUUCCACGUAAUUUCAAUGAAAGUACGUGGAACCAACGUGGAAUAAGGGAAAGUGAAAGGGGGAUACCUAGUCAGUUGUACAACUGAAUGCAUUCAACUGAAAUGUGUCUUCCGCAUUUAACCCAACCCCUCUGAAUCAGAAUAGACGUUGAAUUGACGUCUGUGGCCAGGAGGUAGUGACCUCUUCAAAUGGUUGGAUCUCUUGGUGCUUAGGCUUAGGCGUUGGGUUGACAGUCGCUGGACCCGGGUUCGAGUCCUGACCAAGGCUAUCCCCUGAAUUCACUACAAUAUUCACCUCCGCAUGUAACAGACUGUUUCGACCAAGUGGUCUCAUUUCAGAGCUCUGGAUUGAAUGAUUUCAGAUGUGUUCUGAUUUUGUAUGCGUCAUGCAGUAACUGCUAUCCACGCACUCAGCUAGAUCAUGAUGUCAUGUGAAAAUCAUCUGAGAAUAUAAUCUAUGUUCAAUGUUCUAAAUAAUGAUUUAUGCAACUGUCUUUUAUUUGUUAACACUAAUUAUUAUGUAAUUUGUGGAAACUACUUUCUCUGCCAUGUGUUUAAAUAAACAAACUAGAACUGAUGUUCCAUACCAAAAUAUUGCCACUGCUAAGCAAAGUAGAGCGACUUGUAUUAAAUGUUUCCCCCUCUAAACAAUGUUCCAUGUAAAGCAGACCUGGGUUCAGAUACUAUUAGACAUAUUUCAAAUAGUUUGAGUGUUUGCUCUAGCCUGCCUGGAGGACCAGAGGGGUGAGGUUUGCAGACUUUGGACUAUCCCAUUGGUCCAUUAAGCCAGGCAAGCUCAAUCAGGCACCUAUAUACAUUAUUUAAGAUGAUUUCAAAUAGUAUUUGAACCCAGGUCUAAAGCAUGCUAUGUCCCUUUUAUAAUUAAUUAACAGACAAGAAUGUUUAGAUAUGCCUCUGUUCCUUCCUGUGAGGUCACUGAAUUAAGCAACACAACACAAAUUGACACAAAAUACAACAUUUUAUUUUAUAAUAAAUUCUUAAUGGCACAUUACAUAACGAAAUAUACAUAUACAUUUGUAGGCUUUUUAAAUUAAAAUGUAUUUUCAUUUGACCUAUUUCAUUAAUUUAAUCUGCAAUUACAUUUUUUUUUUUUACAUAACAUCAAUAGCAAAAGAUAAAAUCAAUAAAUUAUGGCCCUAUUAACAGAGAGUAGGCUGAGGGGCACUUGUGGAUGCCCUCUACGAACUAAAAGACGAGUUCCUAUUUAACUUUCUGCCCUGCUCAACUUUCUGAGUUUUUGUGUACCACAUAACAGAACUCCAGUCACAAACACUCCAGGGAUAAGAAUGAACCUCUAUACAGCUAUAGUGCAUGGAUAUUCUCCCAAACUCAAAUAUAGCUGACUGAUUUGGUCACAUCAAUGGAGACCUUGCCAUUUCGAUGCGUUCCUGGGUGAAGACAUUCACACAUGAUUCGUUUAUAAUCAUAUAGCUUACAACAAGGUAAAGUUGUAUUAUAAUAUAUUUUGGAACUACAAUGCGCUAACAUUGUUUUUUGUUUUUUUAACAUCAAUUGUUUUUUCCUGUUUGCUUUUACUUAAGACUGAAAAAUUAACCAUCAUAAUCACAAAGCGUUCAAUCACACUUCCAAAAUAUGUAAGAUCCCUUUAAAAUAUUCUCUGCCCAAUUAUUUAUUUUUGGAGAAAUGUUAGUGAGAGAAAAAAAACAUUGUGAAAUGACUUGAACUACUAAAAAUGAUUUGCACGGA